CUGACUCACACCCACACCCAGGGCCCCUUCCCAGCCAGCUCUGCCACACUGGCUGGACUGGUUUGCCGGGCCCAGUCCUGCCCCGUGCACCCCUCUCCCCAUUAGCCCUUGCCCCUGGGGCCUCAGCAGAGGCAGACAGCCGGCCACCAUCUGCGGAGCAUGGGUGGACCCACAGAAAGGGAGAAGGGACUCAGCGAGGGAGGUGGCACCAGGGUCUCCAGGAGAGAGCCGCCCGCCGCAGAGGAAGGCCGGACCGCAGGCGAAGGGGCCCGAGCACCACGAGCGCCCAGAGGCCCCAGCAGGCCUUCCUGGUCCAGUUCUGUUGACUUCGGGCUCUCAGGCUCCCUGGGAAGUGGACAGCCUAGUGCCCCUUGGAGUGUGCCCCUCUUCUGUGCGCCAGGCCCUCUGGAGGAGCUGUAGUAUGGCCACACUGACCUAGUGCCACCAUGUGGACUGAGCUGUCUGUGCACAAAGCCCUCCCACCAGCAGCAGCCCUCAAAGGAGGCCGUGGGUGUGGGUUGAAGAGAGAAGACUAUGACGUGGCUGUCUGGGCCAGGGGUGUCCCCGUGCCUCCUGGGUGUGUCACUCCUGUCACCUGGGGGAUCGCCGCUGUGUCUGCCCAGGCCCCUGAGCCCACGGAGUGAGGACCUGGGCGCUUUAAUGGGCAGCAGAUCAGGUUGAAUAUUUGCUGGUGCCAAGAAUCUCUGGGCUCUACUGGAACUGUCAGUCUUCUGGAUCUCUCCGUGACUGGGGUGGGCGGUAUUCCCAAAUAGGCACGUGCUGCCCUAAAGUCCUAAGCAGCCUGCCAACCACUGGGUCGCUUUCUUAAAAGAAGGACAUAUGAGGCACACC